AUGGGGACUUUGAGUAAGGCUUUAUGUAUUCUCCUUCUGUUCUGUGUCGUGGCCGCUGCUGCUGGUGAUUCUUACAAGUACAAAGAUCCAAAGCAACCUUUGGGUGCAAGAAUCAGGGAUUUGAUGAAGCGUAUGACUCUACAAGAGAAGAUUGGUCAGAUGGUUCAGAUCGAACGUAGUGUCGCAACACCUGAAGUUAUGAAGAAAUACUUCAUUGGGAGUGUGUUGAGUGGUGGAGGAAGUGUGCCUUCGCAAAAGGCAACUCCUGAGACUUGGGUGAACAUGGUUAAUGAGAUUCAAAAGGCGUCUCUUUCGACCCGUUUAGGAAUCCCAAUGAUCUAUGGGAUUGAUGCUGUUCAUGGUCAUAACAAUGUGUAUGGUGCCACCAUUUUCCCACACAAUGUAGGCCUUGGAGUCACAAGGGACCCUAAGCUUCUGAGGAGGAUCGGUGAAGCAACCGCUCUUGAAGUUAGAGCGACAGGGAUCCCAUAUGCCUUUGCGCCGUGUAUUGCGGUUUGUAGGGAUCCAAGAUGGGGAAGAUGCUACGAGAGCUAUAGUGAGGAUUAUAGAAUCGUCCAACAGAUGACUGAGAUCAUUCCCGGUUUGCAAGGCGACAUUCCUACCAAGCGAAAGGGUGUUCCUUUUGUAGGUGGAAAGACAAAAGUGGCGGCUUGUGCUAAGCACUUUGUGGGAGAUGGAGGUACGACGAGAGGGAUAGACGAGAACAACACGGUGAUUAGCUCGAAUGGGCUGUUCGGCAUUCACAUGCCUGCAUAUUACAAUGCUGUAAACAAGGGUGUUGCAACGGUUAUGGUGUCCUACUCUGCCUGGAACGGUUUGAGAAUGCAUGCUAACAAGGCACUUGUCACGGGUUUCCUCAAGAACAAGUUGAAGUUCAGAGGUUUUGUCAUCUCGGAUUGGCAGGGAAUUGAUAGGAUCACAACUCCUCCUCAUCUUAACUAUUCAUACUCUCUUUACGCGGGAAUCAGCGCAGGAAUUGACAUGAUUAUGGUGCCGUACAACUACACCGAGUUCAUCGACGAAAUCAACAGUCAGAUACAGAAAAAACUGAUUCCGAUAAGCAGGAUCGAUGACGCCGUGAAGAGAAUCUUGAGGGUCAAGUUCACAAUGGGACUCUUUGAGGAACCACUGGCUGAUCUCAGCUUUGCCAACCAGCUUGGUAGCAAGGAACACAGGGAACUAGCUCGUGAAGCCGUAAGGAAAUCUCUAGUGCUGCUCAAGAAUGGCAAGACAGGCGAUAAACCGUUGCUUCCUCUGCCUAAGAAAACAGGAAAGAUCCUUGUGGCGGGAGCACAUGCUGAUAACUUGGGAUAUCAAUGUGGUGGCUGGACCAUAACCUGGCAAGGCCUUAAUGGCAAUGACCUCACCGUUGGUACAACGAUCCUGACGGCUGUGAAGAAUACAGUGGCUCCGACCACACAAGUCGUCUACAACGCAAACCCCGAUGCAAACUUCGUGAAGUCUGGUAAAUUCGACUACGCCAUUGUGGUCGUUGGCGAGCCACCAUAUGCUGAAAUGUUUGGCGACAGCACGAACUUGACCAUAAGUGACCCGGGUCCAAGCACCAUACAGAACGUGUGCGGAUCAAUGAAGUGUGUGGUGGUUGUGGUCUCUGGCCGUCCUGUGGUGAUUCAGCCUUAUGUCUCGGCCAUUGAUGCCCUUGUGGCGGCUUGGCUUCCGGGAACUGAAGGUCAAGGGGUGGCUGAUGCUUUGUUUGGUGAUUAUGGGUUCACUGGAAAGUUGGCUCGGACUUGGUUUAAGUCGGUGAAGCAGCUACCCAUGAACGUUGGCGAUCGGCAUUACGACCCGUUGUACCCGUUUGGUUUCGGGUUGACCACAAAACCAUACAAAGUGUAG